AUGGCUCUCAAUGGUAAAACUGCAGUAGUGACCGGCGCUGCGAUGGGAAUAGGAAGAUCAAUAGCUGAACUUCUUCUGCAAAAUGGUGCCAAGGUGGCCAUCCUGGACAUGAAUGAAACUGCAGGACAGAGUUUAGUUGAAACCCUGAACAAAGAGCAUGGACCAGACAGAGCCCUGUUCCUGCUGUGCAACGUAGAGUCAGAAGAGGAGAUCAAAGCUGCGUUUCAGAAAACUGUAGAAACCUUUGGUGGAAUUGACAUCCUGGUCAACAAUGCUGGUGUCUUCAAUGAGAUAAUGUGGGAGAAAACUAUUGGCAUCAACCUUGUUGGCUGUAUUAGGGGGACUUACCUGGUUAUCGAGCACAUGAACAAGCUGACUGGGGGUCGUGGAGGGGUCAUCGUCAAUGUGGCAUCCAUGGCAGGUAUUGGCCUUCUGUCUUGCUGCCCUGUGUAUACAGCCACCAAGCAUGGAGUGGUUGGGUUUACUAGAGCAUUUGCGGCUGCCUCAGUUGCAUCAGGCUAUGGUAUACGGAUGAAUGCCCUCUGCCCAGGAUUCGUUCAAACGGACCUCUUCUCCUCUAUAAAGUCCAAACUGGGACAAUUCUCCAACUUGGCAGGUGCCAACCAGGAACUGAUAGAAAAACUUGGCGUGUUAACGUCUGCAGAAGUAGUCCAGGGCUUCCUUGAGCUGGUGACAGAUGAGACCAAAAAUGGAGAAGCUCUCCUAGUUCUCCCGAAAGAGAAGAAAUAUGCAACUUUUCCAGCAUCGCCCACUGAUUAA